CUGGGCGGAGAGGCAGGAAAACUUCUUCCUGGCCCGGCUCCGGGCGACUCUGUCUGCCAACCCUCCCCUCCCGCCUACCAGUGCCCGGCGCUUCCCCACCCCUCCCCCGGCUCCCCCAGUGUCCGCCAUGGCCAAAGCCUACGACCACCUCUUCAAGUUGCUGCUGAUCGGGGACUCGGGGGUGGGCAAGACGUGUCUGAUCAUUCGCUUUGCAGAGGACAACUUCAACAACACUUACAUCUCCACCAUCGGAAUUGAUUUUAAGAUCCGCACAGUGGAAAUAGAGGGAAAGAAGAUCAAACUGCAAGUCUGGGACACAGCUGGCCAAGAGCGAUUCAAGACGAUAACUACUGCCUAUUACCGUGGAGCCAUGGGCAUCAUCCUGGUAUACGACAUCACAGACGAGAAAUCCUUUGAGAAUAUUCAGAACUGGAUGAAGAGCAUCAAAGAGAAUGCCUCUGCUGGGGUGGAGCGCCUCCUCCUGGGGAACAAGUGUGACAUGGAAGCCAAGAGGAAGGUACAGAAGGAGCAGGCCGAUAAGUUGGCUCGGGAGCACGGAAUCCGAUUUUUCGAGACCAGCGCCAAAUCCAGUAUGAAUGUGGAUGAGGCUUUCAGUUCCCUGGCCCGGGACAUCUUGCUGAAAGGAAGCCGGAGAUCGGGGAACAGCAGCAAGCCCUCCACCACUGACCUGAAAACCUGUGACAAGAAGAACACCAAGUGCUCCCUGGGCUGACGACCCCUUGCUGCUGCCCACCCUGAGCCUGGAGGCUGAGCCUCAGGGAGGCGGGGCUGAGGGGCUGGGCGGGGAGAAGUAGCAGGUGGGGCUUGGAGGAGGAGAGGUGGUACCUGGUGAAAGAAUGGGGAGACAAUGGAGAACAAAAGGAAGGGGAAGGAAAGAGGAAAAGAAGGAAAGGAGGUAGAAUAGAGAGGGAAGAAGCCAAAAGGGAAAGAAUUGAGGAAGUGAAAGAAGGUGAGAAGGAGGUAGGAAGAGAGGGAGGAGGGAAGGAAGGGAGCCCUGCGCCUCAGACCUUCCCUGGGUUUCCAGGGCAACUGUAAAUGUAAACAAAUGAUUGAUUCUGCUCUGGGAUCAGGUUUUAGGGUCCUGUGAGAGGCUGGCUCAGCACCACUCUCUGAACAUUUGGUCCUAUCCUGUCACUGCAUGGUCUUUCUCAGUAUUAAAGGCCACCAUGUGCACAA